AUGACCAAGUCCCUUCCACGCACGUACUCAGUGCCGGUGACAGCAGUCGCCGACGCGGCCUCGGCGCCGUUCGUGCGCACCGUGUCGGCGCCCGGGCCCAAGCCGCGCGACCAGCUCUACGACGAGUAUGACGUGGUGCUAACGCAGGCGUUGCCGCUCAGCUUGCGCUUUGUCUUUGAGACGCUGUGGCGCGACCCGCAGUUCACAAUCGACUGCCUCACCUUCGUGCGCGAGACCAACAUUGACGUCAGCGCCUGGUCGACAUCGCCCGUGACGUACACGGCGUUCGAGCGGCCCGAGACGUUCAUGGCCGAGCGCCGUGUGAGCUUUACGCACAACAAGAAGAAUUUCAUUGGGCCAAGCUCGAUUCCCACGGUUCAAGUGCAUCGCUAUGUGUACGAAGAAGACACGCAGCUCAUUGUGAGCACAACAUCGACGGUCUCGGACGCACCGUACUGCGACUACUUCCGCGCCGAAGCGCGCUGGGUCUUCACGUACCGCAGUCCGACCGAGUGCCAUGUUGAGAGUGGCAUGCGUCUUAAGUGGUCGAAAACAACGUGGCUGAGAGGACAGAUUGAAGGAUUUGCCAAGACCGAGUCGGCGCAGAUCAUGCAGUUUUGGGUCAAGAAAGCUCUCGAAGCCCACGCCAAGCUCCACCCGGUUGCCGGCGCACCGGCAACGACGAUCUCGGAGCCUAUGGAGCUUGUCAAGCCCGCCGGGUUGACGCCAGAAGCGUCGCUGCUCUACAUGCGGUGGGCCAACCUCAUCUGUCUCGGCGUCUUUAUCGCGGUCAUGCUGCAGUUUGCCAUCUCGGUGCACAGUUUGCGGUCAGCGACGGCCGAAGCUGUCCGCCUCCAAAAAGAGCAGCACCGUCUCUUGUCGAUCAAGCACUGGCCGUCGUCGCCCGAGCGACAGCACAUCGUUCGUGCGUUGCGCCACCUGCACGAAGAUACGUCGGACACGGAGGAUCACGCGACGCGGACGCCGCAAGGGCAAGAAGGGUACGGCGGCGGUGGCUACGCUGGUGGUGGCUACGGCCUCGGCGGCUACGGCUAUGGCGCCAACAUUUCUCCGUUUGGUGGCGCCAACGCGAACGCCGGCGCCGUCGCGAGCUCGUCGGCUCGGAACGAAGCCAACUCGCUCAACAAGGCCAACGCGGGCACGUCGGCCGAGAAGAAAGCCGACCAAAGCGACAUUUUUUACGAAAAGCUCAUCAUCUUCAAGAAGAGCCACAACCGCGUGAAGGAAGCGGCCGCGUCGGACCAAAAUCAACUCAACAAGAACAGCGUGUCCCAGUCGGCCGACCAGCUCAAGCUCGCACAGCAAAGCCAAAACGUCAACUAG